CACAGAUCUCCGAGAUGAGGAGCACCGUUCUCCUGGUGGGAGGUAUUGUCAUACUAGUCCACGCGGGACACGUCAUCAUGCAGCGUAAGGGAAUCAUCUCUCACUGCUGCAGCUGCAUCACGCCCAUUGAUCUGUCUGUUGCUGAACAGAGAGGAAGUCAAAGCAGAUGGCGAGCGCCUCUGACUCAUUCAUCUCGUUGGAGGUGCGCAACACAGGGCGGGGCGGGGCACGCACAUUGCCAUGCCGGGGGAAACGGGCGUAUGUAUGCCAGAGUGGCUGUGUGUGUUUGCUGGCUGCAGGUGUACCUGCAGGUGUUGGUGGGUGUGCUGAUGGCUCUUGUAGGGGGAGUGGAGCAGGCAGGACUACUCAAGCCCAUCCGGACACGAGACCAACCGAAAACGUAACACACGUAGCACGCCGUGGCACAGGACGGCAGUGGUCGAUUGUAAUUGAUGCGUGUCGGCAGGCCGUGGGAUUCACUGCACGAGCGGAUCAACUUUCGAGUCUACAGCCACAGAUCGCGCUACCUACAACCUAGGGGCACGGGUGCACCUUCCCUCAUCUGACCUAGUAGUGCUCUUCUCUACCCCUGUCGGUGAUAGUGAAAGACCGAUGAUCGAGUGGUGUGUAC